AUGCGAAGUAUCGAUAUCAUUUAUAGUGAAUUUUGUAAAAGACAAGAAGAUGCAGUGUUAAAGCUGCAAGAACUGGAACAACAUCCUCAAGUACAAGAAUUUUUGAUCCGCUGCAAAGAGCAGAUGCAAGGCAAAACCACGAGUUGGGAUCUGGGAAGUCUGCUAAUUAAACCCGUUCAGCGCGUGUUGAAAUAUCCCCUCUUACUCAGAGAACUUCAUUCCCUUACACCUAAUACACAUCAAGAUUACGAGAAUUUAACAGCAGCGGUAAAGGAGAUUCAAGAAGUAGCCGACAAUAUCAACGAAAUAAAGCGGCGAAAGGAUAUUGUGGAGCGAAUUGUAGGCGAUAAAAAGAGAACAGAUCUUAGCGUCGUACACGGUAUCAAUAAAAAAUUGAGCCGAAGAGCACAAAAGUUGAAGCAAGCUACAGGUUUUGCGGUAGAACCUACUCAUGAUGUUAAGUUUGAAACACUCUAUGUUAAAUUCGAAGAACAGCAGGAACUGGUCCGUCAAUUAGCGCGAGAUGUGCAAGGCUGGGUACGUCAUGUGAAAAUAGGGUUUGAAAAUUUGCAACAGUUGGCUUGUAGUAUGGAGUCCAUAUAUGGCUCUUGGGGUGGUGUCAGAGUCAAACGUUUAACAGGAAUCAGUGAAUUUAGUAAAAUGGCAGCGCAAUUAUCUACCAGUCUAGCACGCGAGUUGGAUAAUGAUGUACGAGGCUAUAUUUAUAGCAGAAUUGAUGAGUUUUUAAAGAUCUUUGAAAAUCCAGCUCAAGUUAUCCAUAAAAGAUCCAUGAAAAUGAUUGAUUAUGACCGCGUGCGAGACAUGAAAAUGAAAGGAGAUGUACCAGAUAAAGCGCUACAAGAAUCAGCAGAUGCUUAUGUGUCUAUCAAUGCGCAACUUGUAGACGAGCUACCCCGGUUCUUCGCUUUGACAGCCAAGUAUUUUGAAUUCAUGACUGGUAGUUUGGCUUUGGUCCAAAUGAAAUUUUAUAAACGAAUGCAGAAAGAAUGGAGGAAAUUAGUUCAGCAAAAUCUUGGUUUAGAAGUAGCUCAAACUUACGAAGCUAUUAUUAAGGAUUACAUGAGUCAUUUGGAGAGCGUAGAUAAUGCAGCCAGCCAAAUAGCUAUUUUACAACGAGAUAACCGAUAUUCAAACAGUAUUCGAAAUACUUCACCCAUCAACAGCGGCUAUUCUACAACGCCAUCAUCAACCCAUCGACGUACAAAUACUGCCUCACAAUCCGUAGCCACUGAUGUUGUCGAUGCGAAUGCCGUUGAUACACAACUUGAAGAUAGGUCCAAGGACUUCAAUUGCAUUGUGCUAUAUGAUUUUGAAACACAUGAAGAAGAUAAACUGGACGUGAAAAGAGGAACUAUACUCAGAAUUAACCAAGACGAGGACUAUAUUGAUCCAGACUGGUGGUAUGGAACUAGUUUAGACGACUUUCGAUCUGGAUGGAUUCCAAUCAAUUAUUGUAAAAAAAUUUAA